UAUUGCACAGAUAUCACUUUUGCUGAAAUUUUAUUGCCUCUGUUUUGCUGAAGUUCUCUCUCGCCCUUGUCUCUUCGCUGCCUCUGUUUCUCUUCACUCUCCAGGCUCCGAAUCCGUGGUCCUUCACUCAGCUCCGACUGUCUCUUCUCUCUUCCUCUCCCAGCGACAGGGAAAUAUGGUUGGUGAAAUGAAGUUGAUGAUUGCGGAGGAACAAAAAUUCCAAGGGAAAGCAUUGUCGUUAUCCCAUACGAAGACGGCAAUCACUACGAUCAAGGAGAAAUUCACUGAACAACAGCUGCAAAUGUUUGAACAGAGUUGUUUUGGUCAUCUCCUAGGGAUUGAGGACCUCAAGUGGACUUCUCCGAUUGUCCACGGGUUGCUGCUCAGGAAAGCUGAUCCCAAGACAGUUUCCCAACUGAACGGGAUCAAAUUCAUUGUUGGCAAGAAGGUCAUCCAAUUCACGGCGCAGCAAUUUUGCAUCGUGACAGGGCUAAGGUUUGGAAACCUUCCCUUUAUUCCGAUUCCCACGAAUGAGAACUGCUCAUUGAAACGGAAGUACUUUGCCAACGAUAAAACUGUGAACCUGUUGGAAUUAGAAAAGGCCUUCCUCGAAUGCGAUGAUGUGGACGAUGUAUUCAAGCUUGGAUUCUUAUACUUUGCUGUCUUUGUGCUGUUGGGCAGCGAAAAAAAUGUCCACAUUGACAUGCGAUAUUUGAAGUUGGCGGAAGACCUUGAAGACUUUGGGAAGUAUCCAUGGGGUGCUAUUACCAGCGAGUGA